CAGCAGAUGCAGCCAAGAUGUAUCUCAGAUGCACUAUGGAACUGAAUAACAUUCUCUUUGUGAUGACCCUCCUGCUCUAUGGUGCUGCUUCCAUGAAGAGUCAAGCAUAUUUCAACAAGACUGGAGAACUGCCAUGCCAUUUUACAAAUUCUCAAAACAUAAGCCUGGAUGAGUUGGUAGUGUUUUGGCAGGACCAGGAUAAGCUGGUUCUGUACGAGCUAUACAGAGGCAAAGAGAACCCUCAAAAUGUUCAUCGCAAGUAUAAGGGCCGCACAAGCUUUGACAAAGACAAUUGGACCCUGAGACUCCAUAAUAUUCAGAUCAAGGACAAGGGCUUGUAUCAAUGUUUCGUUCAUCAUAAAGGGCCCAAAGGACUCGUUCCCAUGCACCAGAUGAAUUCUGACCUAUCAGUGCUUGCUAACUUCAGUCAACCUGAAAUAAUGGUAACUUCUAAUAGAACAGAAAAUUCUGGCAUCAUAAAUUUGACCUGCUCAUCCAUACAAGGUUACCCAGAACCCAAGGAGAUGUAUUUUUUGGUAAAAACCGAGAAUUCAAGUACUAAGUAUGAUACUGUCAUGAAGAAAUCUCAAAAUAAUGUCACAGAACUCUACAACGUUUCUAUCAGCUUGUCCUUCUCAGUCCCUGAAGCAAGCAAUGUGAGCAUCUUCUGUGUCCUGCAACUUGAGUCAAUGAAGCUUCCCUCCCUACCUUAUAAUAUAGAUGCACAUACGAAACCCACCCCUGAUGGAGACCACAUCCUCUGGAUUGCGGCUCUGCUUGUAAUGUUGGUCAUUUUGUGUGGGAUGGUGUUCUUUCUAACACUAAGGAAAAGGAAGAAGAAGCAGCCUGGCCCCUCUCAUGAAUGUGAAACCAACAAAGUGGAGAGAAAAGAAAGUGAGCAGACCAAGGAAAGAGUACGGUACCAUGAAACGGAAAGAUCUGAUGAAGCCCAGUGUGUUAACAUUUCGAAGACAGCUUCAGGCGACAACAGUACUACACAGUUUUAAUUAAAGAGUAAAGUCCAUCCAUUGUUUAUAUGCCUUCCCUUUCAAAUUUUGGCUUGCCUUUUUCUCGUCCAUUAAUAUUAUUAUUGCCACUAAUAAUAAGAGGCUUUCCAGGGCUCCCUCUAAAUGAGAGAGCCUCCCUAUAAUGCCAGUUCUGCUCCCUACACCAGGAGCAGAUUUUAACUGCUUCUUUUCAUCUCAGAGCACACUUGUGGGCCAUGCUCACCUGACUGGCUCCUGGCUCAGGAAUAAUGUUUAAGACUAACACCUCCUGUUUCAGAUUCAGCCUUCUUUUCUUAAUUUUAUACAUUGUGUUUUAUGUAGAACUCCCAAUUACUGGACUAAUGGCUUUUAUCUAUGCUUAAUUCUAAGAUAGUGCCUCAUUCCAUCUUGUAUAUUUGUGACUACCUCUGCAGUCUGGGUGGGAGUUUUGUAUGUUAUGGCUUUAUAGUGUUGCUUUAAUAUUUUGAGACAUAAAGAGAUGUGUACUAUAAUAAUGUAAUUACUAUGCCCUGAGAAAAUUCUACCCACUGCUGAGGAGCUCUUGCUCCUCUGUGAGGGUCAGUACGAAAAUGGUGGCUUGGUGUGCUGACAACAAUGAGCAGACCAACUCAAAAUUUGGAAGAUUAGGAAUGAUGGAGAUAGAACCAGCUCUGAGUCCUGGAGCCACUUCUAUCUGGGCUGCUGCUAAUCUGAGGAAGAUCCACCUGCCUAACAAGCUAUGGAUAAGCCUUAGCAGGGAGCUCUUUGUGAAGCAGGAAAGCACUAUGCACUGUGAACCCUACUUCUCUUCUUGAAAAAAAUGGCUGAGAUGAUGGCUCAGGGCAACUGUUCAAGAGCCAACUGAGAGAUCACAAUACUUAAAAGAGAAAAAAGAAAAAAGAAAAAAAAAAAAAAAA